AUGGUAGGGAAAGUCAGUGAGAGGGUUCUCCUUCGGGAGGGCCUGGAGAGAACCGAUAAUGGCAUGAAGCAGACAAGCUGGCCAGACGUUACACCGAUCAAUCAGAAGAACUACUAUACAGAUUAUAUGAAGCGCGAUGAUCAGAUUCUUGCCUUGCGACUACAGGGUGAUGCUACCCGCGACAGGAUUGUGCAAGCAGCAAAGGAUAGAGACCGCGCUCUUGCUCAGAGCGGGCGAGCUGAGGUCCCUUUGGUCAUCCCCGAACUUCAACCCGAGGAAGCGCCCACCGAUGUCGCGGCUGGUUUGGACCCCUCCAAAGUCAUUGUCAUCCACCCUGGCAGCCAGAACCUUCGCAUUGGCUUUGCUAGCGAUGCUCUUCCUAAAUCGAUCCCCAUGACACUCGCGACAAAAUUCCCGCAAACUGAGGCAGAAAUGCACGAGGCUCUCCCCCGACGGCAGUUCGAAGCGAAAACACAGGAUCAGCAGUAUGGUGAAGAGUGGUCAAAGAAAUACGCCAAAAUGUGCAACGACCUCAAACUGGAAAUGCGCGCGAACAAGCGUAAAGUUUUGCCUAACUCCAAGGAGCUGGUACUGAACUACAAUCGUCGCACCGAGCCUGAGAUUAUCCAGACGCACAACGACCCCUUGCAGAUCGAAUGGACCGAUAUCAACGACCUACAGGAUGCUAAGUCAUCUGCUUCCUGCUUCAUUGGAAACCAAGCUCAACGAGUGCCGGACGACUCUCAGCCAAAGUUCAAGCUCUGGUGGCCGAUCCAGCAUGGUGUGCUGAAUGAAAACGACUACACUAAUGCUGAACACCUUUUCGAUGAUUUCGAAACUCUGCUGGACAAGGCCAUCCGACAGGAGCUAGGUCUCACUAAAAACAGUACAUGGAAGCAAUACAGCUGUGUUUUCGUUAUUCCAGAUCUCUAUGACAAGAAAUAUGUCGAGCAAGUACUCAGAUCCUGCAUGACCUGGUUUGAGUUCAACCGUAUAUGCUUCAUUCAGGAGAGUAUGGCAGCCACUUUCGGAGCUGGAUAUACACAGGCUUGUGUUGUCGACGUUGGGGCUCAAAAGACUUCAAUUACCUGUGUUGAGGACGGUCUUUGCGUUGAAGACUCCCGUAUCAACAUGAAAUAUGGCGGUUACGAUGUGACGGAGACAUUCGUCAAAAUGCUGCUUUACGAUAAUUUUCCAUACCAGGAUAUCAACUUGCGGAGACGAUAUGACUUUCUCCUUGCUGAGGAGCUAAAAGUUAAGCAUUGCACAAUGUCACAGUCGGACAUUUCUGUGCAGCUAUAUCAGUUCCAUUUGCGAGCCCCGAAUCAGCCAACACACAAAUACCAGUUCAAAACUUAUGAUGAGGUCAUCCUCGCCCCUAUGGGCUUCUAUGAUCCAACAAUUUUCGACAGCAGUACGAAGCUAAGAGGCAGAAGGAAGCUUAUUGACCGGUCUUACAACGCUUAUGAUGUUGACAUCCCUGACGACCCGACUUCAGCCGCGCAGUUCGCCAUCCUGGCUCAUGUCAAGCCAUCCCUGAACGCAGCGCCAACCAACGGCUUCCCUCAGUCGCAAAACGAUGUUUCAACUCCGGUGAAGGAGAAGUUGCAGCCGUUCGAUUUCCUCAAGCGUGGUGAAAAUGGGAUAAACGGGACUCCGUCUGGGUCUAAUGCUCCGUCGCCGGCUCCAGAGGGUGUCAGCACCCCUGUACCAGCCCCGUUUGUGUUUGGAGGAAACAAAGAGGGUGCUAACGGGGGAAGUCCUGCUCCUCCUGUGCGUAAUGGCGGCACUCCGGGUCCAAAUGGCACUACGGUUGCGCAGCCACCUUCUGGGAUGUUUGUUGAUUCUGCGGCGCGCAGUGCAAAGGCUCAGGCCAUUGAGCGCGAUGGCGUUUUGCCGAUGGCACCACUAGACAUUGCCAUCCUUACGAGUAUCAACAAUGCGGCCAAGGGCGACGACAAAAAGCUGCGAGACUACCUGGGCAGUAUCAUGGUCAUUGGCGGUGGCUCAAAGACACCUCAGUUCACAGUCGUCUUGGAAGAGAAGCUCAAGGCACGACGGCCUGAUCUUUUCGAUCGCAUCCUCGUCAGUAGAAGCGCCAGAGACAUGGACGAGCAGGUUGUGACUUGGAAGGGAGCCAGCGUUUUUGCUAAACUCCCUGCAAACGAUUCAUGGGUCACACCGUUCGAGUUCGAACGGCUUGGCUCUCGUGUGCUGCAUCACAAGGUGCUGUGGGCUUGGUAG